CUUAGGCUUGUUCCCAACUAGCUCUUAAAACUGGAAUUAACCACUUUAUAUUAAUCUAUGUCCUGCCACAUGGCUCAUAUCUCUCCUUCAUACUGUACAUCCGACUUGCUCCAUGUCUCGAUGGUGAAUUCCUGCCUCUCUGAUUCCUUCCCAGAGUUCCUAUCUCUGCCUGGAAGUCCACCUAACCUCUCCUACCUAGCUAUUGGACAUUCAGCUCUUUAUUAAACCAAUCAGAAGAUACCUUAGCAGAGACACAUCUUCACAGUGUACAAAAAGAUUAUCCCACAACACACCGUGACCAAGGCAACUCUCAUGAAAGAAAGCAUUUAAUUGGGAUCUACAAAGAGAGUUCCAGGACAGCCAAAGCUACACAGAGAAACUCUGUCUCAAAAAACCAAAACCAACUGAACAAAAAAACAAGAGUGUCCAUGUGUGUUCUCUGGUAGACUUAUUUUUUAGCAGUUUUGAGGCACCGUCAGAUUACCAAAGACUGAGACCAACGUUCUCAGACUGCCUCUAGGGCAACAAUGCCGAGAACAGACAGUUCCUAGGGGUGCACACCCUGAGAUGUUAUAGGACCCCAGAAACUCCUCUAUCCCAGAGGCUCCCACCACUUCCACCUAAAUGGGAGAUUACAGAAAGUUGCCUGGAUUUCUCUCCUCCAAAGGUGAGUCUGCUUAUGAUGCUUUCUAGAAAGGACACUCAGGAAAGGCUGGGUGCAGCCCAAUCUUCAUGUACAGGAUCCAGAUGAGAUGUCACCAGAUCCCCUGGUUUAAGUCUGUGUGAUGGCCACCCUGGUUGUCUUUAUUGUUGCCUGUGUGUCUCUCUGUGUUUUUGUCAAUUCUGUUGUCUGAAAAAAUGAAGGGGGCUGUGGUGGGAGGGGAGUGGACAGUUCCAAGACACCGUUAAGUGUGUGUAUGGAACUGGAGUUAGAGACAGUUGUGAGCUGCCACGUGAGUGCUAGAAAUCAAACCUGGGUCCUCUGAAAGAGCAGCCAGUGUGUUUAACCACCGAGCCGUCUCUCUAUCCCCUUCAUUGGCCACCACUUGGAUCAGAGUCCUCUCUCUUGGAUCAAGUGAACAGAUUGAUCAAUUUCAGGAGAGAGUUGGAGUUUUUAGUAUCUAGGGGUUUGGAAAGUUACAUGAGAGCUGUACACAGAGGUCUUCAAGUUUGGAUGUCACAUCUGGUGAUCUCUAGCAUAUGGUCUCUUUUCUGCUCUCACCAAGAGGUACUUCCUCUUCAGGUGACUUCUGGGGUAGAAGAGCACCAACUCUCUCCCUUCAGAGUGCCUUCUCCCUCCACUAACUCCUCCGAUUCUCGUGCAAAUGUGACUAUCAUAAUCACAGCCACCUUGGCCUUUGUCACUGUCACAGUUUCUGCCCCGUCAGUCACCCUCCGUGGUCCCAAGCUUCUAUGUGUCUCCCUUUGGGACCCCUGUUUCCGGCCACCCUUGGCUCUGCACCACGUUGGAGAAGAGCAUGGAGGAGCAGUCAGAGCGAGUGUGAGAGGUCUGGAGGAGAAGCAGAGGGGAGAGGAAGCCAGAAAGAAAGAAGCAGAGGAGGAGAGAAAGGAACCAGGGAGCAGGAGGAGGGAGCUGGUGAGAAUGAAAGAGAUGAAAAUGAGGAAGAGGAGGCUCGGUGGAGUCUGACCUUGAAGAGAGCUGCUGAAGAGGAGGGCAAAGGGAGCCCGAAGUGACAGGAGACUGAGGCUGGAGCGUUGAGAUGAGCCUGGGGAAGCGUUUGCAACCGUGGGCUGGAAGUGCUCAGCGCUGACUGUGCUGUUGCUGUGGGAACUUGGUAGAUAAGAAUAUCCAGGGAAAUGCAGAUGAAGGAGGCCUGGCUCGUGAAGUUUCAGAGCAAAGUAAUGACUCUAUCUGGACCAUUUGUGAUAUUUUGGAUUAAAAAUUGAUGGAAGCGAAACCUUUGCUUUAUUGGAAUAACUGAUGCCGGUUGGCUGGAACUGAAGCAUCCGCUGUGAUUAGUUAAGAAGUCAAUACCAUUGAGCGGGGCACCACUGAGCCUUUCCUGAGGCUCCACAACCUGUACAGCACCCCUCGCUGCUCCAGGCAGGCUGCCUUGCCCCGGAUGAGCCGCAGGGUAGUCAGCCAGCAUUCCUACCCACUCAACCGCUUCUCUUCUGUGCCCUUUGACCCCAUGGAGCGCCCCACCUCCCAGGCUGACCUGGAACUGGACUACAACCCUCCCCGGGUGCAGCUCAGCGACGAGAUGUUCGUCUUCCAGGACGGGCGGUGGGUGAAUGAGAACUGCCGCGUACAGUCGCCUUACUUCUCCCCCUCCUCCUCCUUCCACCAUAAGCUGCACCACAAGAGGCUGGCCAGGGAGCACCUGCUGCAGGAGGAGAACAAGACUCUCCGGGAUGAGAACCGGGCCCUGCGGGAUGAGAACAGGGCCCUCCGCAAGGAGAACAAGAUGCUGCAGGUCUUUUGGGAAGACCACAAGGUCACCCUGGGCCACGAGGAGAGUCAGUCCCCCUCGCCAUUGCUGCACAAGGACACAGCCUCCCAGGAAGUCGUGAAGAAAGACAACGCCACCUUGCCUGUCCAGCGGAGCAAGGAGAACACUUUACACCUCAUUCGAGAGGAGAACCGGGCCCUCCAGCAGUUGCUGGAGCAGAGGCAGGCCUACUGGGCCCAGGCAGAAGACAGUGGCACUUCCGCCGAGGAGGGUAAGCCCACCUCCUCACCCAAGGAGGAGCCCCAUAACCCUGGGCUUCUCCCAGAUCAGAGCCCAGGCCUCUCCUCCCCGUUUGAGGAGCCCAAAGGGCCCCCCACAACACAGGAGGACUCCAAGACACUGCGUGCCCUGAGGGAGAUGGUUAACAACUUGUCUGGGCCGUCUGGGGAAGACGAGGGUCAAGUCGGCCCCAACCUAGCUGACAGCGCUCAGCUUAUGCAGCUGCUGAGGGAGAUGAACCAGGCGCUGCAGGCCCUGCGGGAGGAGAACCGGUUGCUGCAGGAGGAGAACCGGGCGCUGCACGUCCUCCGUGACGUGCAUCGCAUCUUCCAGGAGGAGAACAAGGCCCUGUGGGAAAACAACAAGCUAAAGCUGCAGCAGUGCAUGGUCAUCGACACCAUGACCGAGGUCACAGCCCGGAUGGAGAUGCUUGUGGAAGAGCUGUGUGCCUCCGCCUCAGCCAGGAACAACAAAGAUGCCAAGAAGCCCAGCAGGGUCUGAGGCCUUGGCAGCAGACAUAGACACCAAGAUCAAGCACGGUCCACCAGGCCAGAGAGAACCCUCUGCCUUCCUUUGUCUUCCUCACCUUCGCUGCCCCCCCCAGUGCAUGCCUGUAGACCAGCAGAGAAAGGACCAUCCUACACCCAGAGACACAAUAAAGGCAGAGGAGGCUGGGGCCAGCCAACACCAGCGUGGCAUUUUGGCUUCUUCUCAUCCUGCAUCCUCCUAACUCUUUUAACUUCCUACUUCCUCGUUGGCUUCCUGGCCUCCUCUUUUCUCCUCCUUCCUCAUCAGCCUUCUUAUUAUUCAAUCCCCUUUCCUCCCCUUUCAGCCCCUAUACUUUUUCUCCCCUUCUACAGAUUUAGCUGGGUGGAGUGGUGCAUUUCUGUAUUCUUAGGACUCAGAAGGCUGAGGCAGGAGGACUGUGAAUUUAAGGUCUAUCUAGGCUACCAUAGUAGAAAAGGAAGGGACUGAGGUGGGGCCCAUGAUAUGGGAUGAUGGACAACGACUUUAGUCUUUAGAACAAAACUGAGCUGAGAGUCAGAGUUCCUCUAGACCUCUACCCAUACUCAUCAACAUCCUCUACCAAAAUUUAUAAAAAUUGAUGCAUCUACAUCGACUCAUCACCAGUAUGCAAAGUCCAUAGUUUGUUAGGAUUCUCUGGCUAUGUUCUUUAGACAAUGAGCCAAGAACCGUAACCCACCCCUCUCCUGGAGGUCUUGGCAUGUUGUGAGCCUCAGCAUCCUUAGAAUCCUGUGUGGUGGGCACUACCGUCUCUAACAGACAUGGAAACAGGAAUUCUAAGACAUGCACCAAUUGACAGGUAGGAAAGGCAAGUGGGUACUUCUUCUGCAGACCAGUUUAGGCUCCUUCCAUGAGACUCAUUGCCAGUUUCCUAGUCUCUAAAAGUUAAAAGUGGUUUUGGUAUCUGUUUUCCAGACUUAAGAACUUGACGAGUCUUACCCCCAAAGCAGGCUCGGAAAUCCCAGAGGAGGGGGACAAUAUGAGAGGUUUUCCUCGCACUAGUCGGUGACGUGUUUACUCUGCACGCAGGGUGGACAGUGAUGGAUGUACAGGAGACGGCUAGUCAUUUGCUCUGCUCAUGGCGCCAGAGUCUGAAAAAUGGGAACUGGUUGUUGAUGGGCCUCUGGGUCUUAGUACUUUUUCCUCCUCUGUUUGUUAAAUUAAUUUAUCAUUCAGGGUAUCAUAAAAUAUCACACCUGUUUGUCAGUGUAAUAACCCCAGGGUGUGUGUGGGGGUUGGGGGCGGGAGGCGGUUACUUUUGUCUUAUGAUGAAACCAAAUUGAUUCUGUUAUCCUAGACAACAGGAAGACAGAAGACACACUCUCCUAAAGUCUGUGUUCCCACUAUUUAACUUGGAUUAAUCUCUAUAACAGCAGUUGAAUGUUGUCUUACGAGCUGAGAGCGCUCAGAGACCUUAAUACUGUUUAGCCACGUCAACUUUCUCUGUCAGGCAGAAUCUAAAUGGAUGGAAAAUAAGCCAGACAAGCCAUAAGAUGCCAUUUUUAUGGCAUGGGGGAGAUUUAUUUCAGAACAUUGCUUCCUUGUACAGCACAGUGCAAUCUGUCAGAUUGCCAGCACUCUAGUGGAAUCUAACUUCUGGUGGGACAGUGAGAGAGUUCACUGUUUCCUUUUUUAAAAAUUUUACUUAUUUAUUUUAUGUGCAUUUGUGUUUUGUCUGCACGUAUGUCUGUGUGAGCGUGUCAGAUCUUGGAGUUAGACAGUUGUGUGCUACCGGGUGCUGGGAAUUGAACCCUGGUCCUCUGGAAGAGCAGUUAGUGCUCUUAACUGUUAAGCCCUCUAGCCCCUCACUGUUCAUAUAGGAAGGUUUCCUCUAGGCAUCUGAGUUCUAGGCCUGCCUCUAAGUCCAACACUAGGCCCUUAUUGUACAGCUGAAGCCUUCCCUUUGCAAGUAGAUCUUGGGCCUGAGCCUCAAAGCUUUGCAUUUGGAGAGUUAAACAUUCCCCCUUUCCUGUCUUUUAUCACUUGGCCAUUGGCUUGGCUGGCUUUCUUGGUUGCUACAAUCAACUACUAUUCUUUGCUGAGUUGGCUAGGUCUUGUCCAUAUGAUAUCUAGCUGUAAGUUGAAGGUCAGGGUCAAUAGAAAACAUUCACAGUCUAGCUAAGUAACA